UUUUCUGCAGUGAAACUAGGAAUUCAAAACAAAGAUAUUGAUAAGCUUCACCUGUCUACUCUUGCACCUGUCAAGCAAAGCCAAGUUGAAAAGCCGAAGACAAAGUUGGUUAUCACUUGUAAAAAAGAUUACCCCAUCACCACAGCCUUCCCAUACACUUUGGAGACACUUAGGAUUAAUGAUGUUGACUUAACUAGAGUAGAAAAUCGCAUCAUGAAGCUAAAGCGAUUGCAGAUCUUAGACUUGAGCCACAACAUAAUUCAAGUCCUUCCUGUAACAAUGAAUGAGAUGCAUAGCCUUGCGGAGUUGCAUCUUGCUCAUAACAAGAUUAAAGGCAUCAGUCACCAGGUGUUUACAGGAAAGGUUUCUAAAACAUUACGCUUGCUUGACCUUUCCAACAAUCAUAUGGAAUAUCUGCCACACACACUUGGACAGCUUGUGAGCCUGGUUACAUUGAAACUAGACAACAACUCCCUCAAGAAGUUACCCAUCUCCUUAGGCAAGCUUACAAGUCUGAAAUUUUUUUCUGCCAGCAACAACAAACUUGUUGAAUUACCUGCUUCAGUGUUUCAUUUGAGAAUGGAAAACAUUGAUGUUUUUGGUAACCCAUUUACAAGUCAGCUGGGCAUAGUGACAAACAACAUGCCUAAAGGGGUACCAAAUCUUCGUGAAAUUGCAUCAGCAUACUGUGUUAAAAGAGGGUUGCGUCCAACAGCUGCUGACAUACCUGCCACUUUGGUUGAAUAUCUUCAGAGUUGGUUGAAGUGCCUGUGUGGUAGAAUUUGUUAUGAAUCUCACAUUCUCACGUGCAUCUCCCUGAACCUGAAGCUGGUUUCUCCUUCAUUAACCAUUGGCAAUGCAUUUGAGACUUCCACACCUGCUUUGGCCACCUUGUGUUCACAGAAAUGUUUUGACAAGUUCACAAAGAGAUAAUUGAGAGAAAUCUUGAAAUACAGAUCUGUAUUGUUCUUGUGUUCUUUAUGCCUUUUUCACCAUAUUUUAAGGACUGUGAUUAAGUUAUUUUAUUAUAGUUGGUUAUAAAAGGAAUUCUUACUUUCACAUUGAUUUUUAAUGAAAAAUUACAUUGUUAUAUUUUUUUUCAGAUCAUCCUUUUCAUUAAUUUUAAGGAAUUCAUCAUUCUUGAUAUUGACAUUUAGUAAGUGUUAAUUUCCCCUUUUUUCACUGUAGAAUUUGUAUUAUUUUCUAUGAAAUUAGUACAAUUUGACUUUUUAAUGCCAAAUGUGACCAACCUAUGGUGAUAUACAGCAAUUAUUAUUUUUUUUUAAG